AUGAGGGUUGCUUUGAUGUGGACAAUUAGUGAUUUUCCUGCAUAUUCAAUGCUCUCCGGGUGGAGCACUGCAGGGAGAUUAGCAUGUCCAUACUGCAUGGAUCACUUAGAUGCAUUUUCACUUAGUCAUGGAGGGAAAAUUAGUUGGUUUGACAAUCAUCGUAAGUUUCUUCCAGAUAACCAUCCAUUUAGACGGAACAGGGUAAAUUUCCUUAAAGGAAAAGUAUGCAUAUCUGAGUCUCCUCCAAUUUUAAGUAGUGAAGACACUUUUUUGCAAAUAGAAGAUUUAGGACUGAGGAGAGUAAUAGACAGUGAUGGUGAAGCGGUUAAUUCAAUCAUAGCUAGAAACACUGGUUGGCGAAAAAAGAGCAUAUUUUGGGAUUUACCAUAUUGGUCUUCUAAUCUCAUACGUCAUAAUUUAGAUGUCAUGCAUAUUGAGAAAAAUGUCUUUGAGAAUACAUUCAAUACAGUGAUGAAUAUAGAAGGAAAAACGAAGGAUAAUGCAAAAGCCAGGGAAGAUGUGGCACAUUUAUGUCGUAGAAAAGAAUUGGAGAGAAAUUUGCAAACGGGUAAAUAUCCAAAGGCAUGUUAUGUUCUUGAUAAACAGCAGAAGCAGGUUUUAUGUGAGUGGGUGAAAAACCUUAAGUUUCCAGAUGGUUAUGUGUCUAACAUGGGAAGGUGUGUUGAUAUGCAUAAGUACAAGCUUUUUGGCAUGAAAAGUCAUGAUUGUCAUGUAUUUAUGCAGAGGUUAUUACCCAUUGCAUUUCGUGAGCUCCUUCCAAAUACAGUUUGGCAAGCAUUGACUGAGUUGAGCUUUUUUUUCAAACAUCUUACUUCUACAAAUAUUAAGGUUCAAGAUAUGAAGCGUCUGGAAUUAGAAAUUCCCAUUAUUAUUUGCAAAUUAGAGCGCAUAUUUCCUCCUGCCUUCUUUGACUCAAUGGAGCAUCUUCCCAUCCAUUUGCCAUAUGAAGCAAAAAUUGCAGGCCCAGUACAAUAUCGAUGGAUGUAUCCUUUUGAGAGAUUUCUACGCCAUUUGAAGCAAAAUGUAAAGAAUAAAGCAAAAGUAGAAGGUUCAAUAUGUAAUGCAUACUUAGUUGAAGAAGCAUCUAAUUUUUGUGCUCAUUAUUUUGAACCUCAUGUAUUAACACGGGAUCAACAAGUACCCCGUAAUGAUGAUGGUGGGGAUGAUGCUAAUAUCGAAGGUAAUUUAUUAAUCUUCAACUAUCCCGGUCGACCAUAUGGCAGAGCAAAAACGAAAGUGUUGGCUGAUGAUGAAUAUAAGGCUGCUCAAAUAUAUGUCCUCCUAAAUUGCCCUGAAAUUGACACAUAUGUCAAUUUGUUCUUGACUGAGUUGCGACAGACAUCCCACAAUAUUAGUGAUGCAGAAAUUAAUGAAGCAUUAGAAAACAAAUUUGCAUAUUGGUUCAAAUCUUAUGCAAGGCAUUCAAACAUUGAGAACAAAUUCAUUAAGGAUUUAGCGGAGGGGCCAUUGAGAAGUGUGAAAUCAUAUCCUAUGUAUUUCAUAAAUGGUUAUAGAUUUCACACAAGCAGUCAUGGUGCUAAUCGAUCUACGAUGAAUAGCGGAUUUUGCAUUAGGGGUUCAACAUACGAUGACAACUCUAAUGAUUACUAUGGAAUCUUGAAAGAAGUAGUUCAAAUAGAGUAUCCUGCAUUACCAAUAAAGAGAACUAUUCUUUUCAAGUGUGAAUGGUUUGAUCUAACUCCGGAUGUCGGUAUUAAGGUUCACAAACAGUAUAACAUUGUGGAUAUCAAUCUUCGAAAAAGAUUAAAUAAAUAUGAACCGUUCAUACUUGCUUCGCAAGCUGAACAAGUGGUUUACCUCCCUUAUCCUAGCUUGAGACGAGACAAGGCUGACUGGCAUGCAGUGUGUAAAGUCAAGCCUAGGUCCAUUGUUAUCAUGCCUCAGACAAACUUAACGGAGCAAAUGUCUGAUCAAGCAUUUCAAGAUGAGGCAGUUGAGGUGUUUCAAAUUGAUACACAAGUAGAAGGUGAACAAAUUGGACCCCUAAAUGAUCCAAGUGGUGAACCACUAGAGCUUAUAGCUGCUGAAGAAGAGGAACUACUGGAUGAGACAAAUCUAGAUUUUACAACAGAAAGUGAUGAAGAAGAUGAAGAAGAACUUCAUGAAUAUGAUGAUGAUAUUGAAUAA